UUGAGAAGUGCAGGGCUUUCAUUCAUAGUGAAAUAUGGCUCAGGCUCGGGUUACCGAUUAUUUUGCACAGAGUAAGAAUGGUGGCGUGGAUAGAUCUGUACGGUCUGAAGGACAAAAGGUGCCCCGGGACGCAAAACCGAAGACAUCGACCAGAGCCACAUGCUGGUCGCUCGCCUCAUCGGAGCAGCAGGAGUUUCUUAAAGUGAUCGACGAGGCUUUAUCGGCUGAACCCGUAGAUACCGUGACGGACCGUCGAGAUGCGAGUAUUGAGGGACCUACAGCGAGUCCCCGCACCCCUAAACGCAGCUGUGCGGAGUUUGAUGUGUGCUCGGUGGUGUUCCCGUCCGCAGCCGAACUACACUACUGCGCCAAGAAGCGACAGCGGCUUCAAGCGGGUCAGAACUCCAAAACGUCACCAGAGGAACGAACAUGCCAGAAGAGCGCCAGAAAGAAGCUCGAUCUCUUGAAAAAUGACGGCAAAGUGCAGAGCUGCAAAUCUUUGGCCAACACCACUCCACAGGUGCCUCAACCAGCUGCCAGCAAAGAAUCCAAAAACACUGUUAAUCAUAAUGCAAAUAGCUCCCCCGUCAGCAAGGCGAGUGGUGACCAUAAACCAAAGCGGACAAUCAGGAGCAAGAAAAUAUUUUCGAGAGAAGACGUGGCGGUGUUGAAGUCCAAGCUGCAGAAACUGAAAGGGCAGUCUGAAAAUGUGACGUCCCUCUCUCCGGCCCCGGUGUCCGCGUUAAUGGAGCUAAAAGCCCGACUCGAUGCGGCCCGGGAGAUCUCCGCAAAGGUUCAGCAGAGGAAGGCAGAGAGAGUUACAGAGGAUGCUAAAUCUACUCCGGCUCAGGUUGAAGAACCAGAGAAAAGAGAGAAGCUCCCAGCGUAUCAGAGGUACCACACUCUAGCUCAGGACGUGCCGCCUGGUCUCACGCUGCCUUAUAAAUACAAAGUUCUGGCUGAGAUGUUCCGCAGCAUGGAGACUAUCGUGGGCAUGCUCUUCAACCGCUCUGAGACGGUCACUUUUGCAAAGGUCAAGCAAGGAGUCCAGGAUAUGAUGCACAAGUGUUUUGAAGAAAGUCACCUGGGACAGAUAAAGGCGGUGUACCCAUCUGCCUAUACUUUCCGUCAGGACAGAAACAUUCCAUGUUUCAGUGCCACUGUAAAGAGAUCCAGCUACCAGCUCACAGUGGAGCCCGUCAUUGACGAAGAGUUUAAUGGUACCCGGCCAGUGUUGUCUGCGUCUCGUCUUUUAGAAAGAAGGCACAUUUUUCACCAAAACCUGGUUGAAGUCGUGAAGAGACACCAUAAGGUAUUCUUGGCUUCCCUCAACCCUCCUAUUGUUGUCCCUGAUGACAAACUGACUCGCUGGCAUCCCAGAUUCAAUGUAGAUGAGGCUCCCAGCAUCAAGCCCAGUGAUUUGCCUCAGCCGCCACAAACGGAGAGAAUGACCUCGGCUCAGGAGGUCCUGGACAAGGCUCGUGCUCUCAUGACACCCAAGAUGGAGAAGGCAUUGGCUAACCUGGCAUUGAAAACCGCAGAGGCUGCGUGUGCAAAGGUGACCGAGUCUAUAGAGAAAUCCGAUGUGACUCCAACCCAAACGCCCAGUGUUCUCAAAGGAGUUUCACCGUCUCUGCUGGAGAGGAUCAGAGCUAAAGAGGCUCAGAAGCUGCAUGCUGCCAUGACCCGGAACCCACAGCAGGAGGAGCGUCUGGCGAUGAUGUCACGGCUCACAGAGAUGGCCAGAAUCCUGAGAAAUGUGUUUGUAGCGGAGAAGAAGCCAGCGUUAAUCAUGGAGCUUGCCUGCAACCGCAUGAUCGCUAGCUACCGUUCCCCACUCAGUAAUGAUGAAAUGGAGAAACAUCUACAUCUGCUGGCUGAGUUGACACCCGAGUGGCUAACGAUGCAUCCAAUCAGGAAGGACCUUUAUCUAAAACUGAACAAGACGAUGGAUCUGAACAUAGUGCUGCACAAACUGAACCACAAGAUUAAAGCAGAAGAGCGACUCUGAGAACAUUUCAAUGAGAUGCUGAGACACACCAUGUGCAAUAUUUGUUUUUUACAAUGGAUUCUACCUGGAUUUUAACUUGAGGUUGUGUGUGUUCAUAUUAGAUGCCAGUUUAUGCAUAAGAGACUCUUUCAAGUUUGAAGUUGUGAUUUUUCUUGGUGCUCACCACAAUAACAAUUGAUAGACCUGCAUUGUACUGAAUGUGGCAUUUAUGUUAAUUUAAAGCUCAUGGCUCAUCUUGCAUGGUUCGAAAUGUACAAUGAAGUCAUUUCAUGCAAACAAUGUGUAAAUUGUUAAUUCAGAAAAGAUGCCUAGAUGCUCAAGCCUGUGUACAUAAGGCACCGCUGUAGCUUUGUCUUCUCUUUUUGUAAC